UGCUCGAUUCUGCCUGCUACAUUUGGGUUCUGUUCCAUACAUCAUGAUCAGACGGUGGAGAAAAUGCUCUUCACCUGAUCUCUAUCCAGCGGCAAUGUCCCCGUUUUAAUUCCCCUCAUUUUACGACCACCCCCACUCCCCCGGCGGCCUCCUGCUCCUGUUCUUCUCUCUUGCUCCGUCGUCUUCAUCUGCAUAGCCGGUGGGCGGCUGGUUCGAUUCGGAUCCUUCGGAAACAAUGAGGAACGCGCUCUUCAAACAUCUCUCCCGCGCCGCCGAUCUCGCCUCCUCGAAAUCGCGACCCGCGACCAAGCCCUCGUUUCUCUCCUCUCCCUCUCUCUCCCGAAGCUAUGCAGUUGCAGCAUCCAUAGCUGAGGAGAAAGCAGAAACUGUAGUCUUUCCUAGGGAAGGCCCGGGAUUUUCUUAUGGAUUAAACUGGGCCCUUGCUGGAAGAGGUGUGAUUGUAAAGGAUAAAGCUUUUUACAACAUGAAGUCGUCUGAGCUUCAAAAGAGUGGCGCAACCACAAUUGAGCCUUUGUCUGGCCUUCCACUUCAUGUGAGAGGAAAUGCUGUUGGUGGAGCUUCUGACAUCUCAAAGGCUCAGUUUGGCAAACUUUUGAAACAGGUUACUUCUCACCUUUCAUCUGUCUCAAACAUCUUUGUUCAAGAUGGAGCUGUUGGUUCAUCUUCAAAAUGGGAUGCAAAGGUCCGUGUCAUUAGUGAUAAUCCCUCCGCUGUGAUAUCACUCUCCAAUAUCCUUUGGAAAACACCCAGCCGGGCAGUUUCCCAUGACUCUUGCCCACUGACUGUUUAUAUCGCUAGCUCCAUCAGUCCAAGAGCUAGGGAGGUUCUUGGUCUUGGGUCACAAGCCUCUAGUGGAUUUGUAGCUGCUGAUGUAGAGCGUUCAUCCCUCAUUUUAUGUGGUAAAGCUUUUGCUGAUGCCAAUGCUGCUAAAGAUGCUCUAGCUGCUUUGGCUGCUCCUGUAAUAUCUGCAAGGGGAGGCCUUCCUGUUUCUGCUAGGUUGCUUGUGUCUGGUGAUUCUGUGAUUCUGUUGUUUGCUCCAGAAGAUACUAUCAAGAGCUGUUCAGAUCUUCAGAAGGCUUUGGUAUCCAAUGAUGCUGGUGUAGUUCUGUCUUCUCAUGGUGUUGCACCCUUCUUUCGAGGCAGAGAUUCGGCAGCAUCAAAUCUGCUAAAAAAACCAGCUUCUGUAAUUUUUGCAUCUGCUGAUAGUACCGGUGUUCUUCCUUCAGUAUCAAAGCUCUCUCCAGGUCAAGCUGCCUAUCACUUUUUGGCAGGUUACCAGGAUGGAAAAUUUGUACCUGCUUACAACAAGGGCCCCUCACCUAUUCAUCCACUUGAACUCUCGAAGGCACUGCUUUCACAGUUAAAACAAAGUGAGAUCCCAUCUUUCCUAGUCAACGUAAAUGAUGGUGGAAAGCGCAUAACAGGCAAGGAGCUUGUUAAACUGGUGGAGUCAACCUUAUCUGGUAACUUGCCAGAAAGCAAACUAGAAGCUGCUGAUCCUAAAGUUGGAGAUCUCAAAGGGAAGUACAAGAGCUUUAUUUCAGGUAAAUUCCAGGAGUUACCUGAAGAAUUCUCCUUCUGAGAUUUCCUUGAAGGUAUAAUCCUUCAGCAGUUCUACCAGAUGCACGUUUUAGUUGAAAUUAUCAGAAUAAUGUGUUAUCUGCAUGCUUUCUUUAACCUGAUCUCCAGUAAACCAGAUUUCAAUUUAUCACUUCUGUUAUCCAAACAGUUUAUAUACACAUAAAUGAUGAAUAGCGUAAUGGUUUUUCUCUCUC